AUGGCACCCAGCAACCUGUCCCAUCGGAGGACGCAUAACCUUCUGCUGAUUUCAAAAUUGUUGAGCUUAAGGGACACAGCUUCUCCAUUUACCCUGCUUCAAGAUUCGCUUGAGCAACCCGCCGCUCCCUUGGUCAAGGAGUACAUUAGACGAGCCAAGCUCUCCAAAGUGCAUGUCACGUUCAUUUCGUACGAGACCCUAAAAAGGCCGGACGGUGUAGAUGCCUUUAUUUCGACCCGUCGGAAAACGCCGACCGAGAUCAUAAGGGAAGCCAGCUCUGCUUAUCAUCAAGGCACGGGCACAGAGCCCGUGAGGCGUCGUCUUAUUAUCAUUGACUCUAUCAAUCCGCUCUUGAAUUCGAAGACACUAGACCCUGGGUUCCACCUCCCCUCAUUUCUUGGUUCCUUCAUCGCUCCUUCAGCUUCAAGCAAUGGAAGGGCUGAAGCUUCACUUGUGGUGACAUACCAUCAAGACAUUCCUUCUCAAUCUCAGCGAGAUCACUACUCACCACCGCCAUUGUCGAUGUUGACAUACCUGGCGACGAGUAUCAUCACGCUUCACUCUUUCUCACACAUCUUGGCACGAAAGGCUGCUCGAGACCGAAGCUUUGUUCCACCAGUAUUUGGACUGGAAGAAGUGCAAGAUGGCGUCCUGUUGAGCAGGCUGGACAAGCUUGCUGGGACCGGCACUGCUGAGGGUGUUGUGCUCGAAUUGGAGCACCGGCGUAAGAGUGGCCGCGGUGUGUUAGAAUGGUACCUUCUUCCUCCAGCGUCAAGAUACUCACCGCACCAUGUGAAAGAGGUCGUCACUCUCUUGGACGAUAACGUCCUGUAUAAUCCCCCGAAGGAGGCUGAAACGAGUGGAGGCAACGAUGAGCCACAGUCCACAUUUGAACUUGGUCUCACAGAUCGACAGAGACGGGAUAGAGAAGGGGUUGUUCUGCCAUACUUCGACGCUCAGCAAGGCGAUGGACCUGGCGAAGGUGGUCGCAUUCUGUACGAUAUGGGCGAAGAGGACGACUUUGAUGAGGAAGAGGAUGAGAUCUAA